UUUCUUGCAAGUGGUACACUUGUGUUUUUACAGUAAACUAAAAGCCUGUGAAAUCCUUGGAUUACAAAAUAUUUCCUCACAUUGGGUUUCAGACGAGAGGUAACACCUAAAAAGCCAGAAAAGGAAGGUCUUGCCUUAUAGAGGGAGCUCUGUACAGUGACACAAUAGCUGAUAUAAAGUGUCAGUGUAACUGAGCAGAAGGCAAAGGAACAAAGAAAGUCCAAGACGCAGUGGCUGCUUUAGACAAAAGGAAAGUGGAAAGUCUCUUUUAGGAUGGAGAAAUGUAAGGCUGCUCUUGUGCUGGCAGGGGUAGGGGAUGCUCUUGGUUAUCGAAAUUUCUCCCGGGAAAACAAUGCUUUAGGUGCAAAGAUCCAAGAGGAACUGAAAGAAAUUGGAGGGCUUGAGAAUCUGGUGCUGUCUUCAGACAAAUGGCCAGUAAGUGACAAUACCUUGAUGCACAUGGCUACUGCAGAGGCUCUCAUCACAGAUUACUGGUGUUUAGAAGACCUAUAUCGUGAACUGGUAAAACGCUAUGUUGAUUCUACUGACAAACUCCCAGGGAGACGGUCAGACCCUGCCACCAUUGAAAGCUGCUCACAGUUAAAGCCGGAUAACUAUCUCCUGGCUUGGCACACACCGUUUAAUGAAAAGGGUUCUGGAUUUGGAGCAGCUACAAAAGCCAUGUGUUUAGGUAUGAGAUACUGGAAGCCUGAGAGGCUAGAAAGUCUUAUUGAAGUGAGCAUUGAAUGUGGCCGAAUGACUCAUAACCAUCCUACAGGCUUUUUAGGGUCUCUGUGUACAGCCCUAUUCAUAUCGUAUGCAAUUCAAGGAAAACCAUUAGUAAAGUGGGGAAGAGACAUGAUGAAGGUGGUUCCAAUGGCAGAAGAAUACUGCAAAAAGACCAUUCGACACAUGGCAGAAUAUCAGGAGCACUGGUUUUACUUUGAAGCCAAAUGGCAGUUUUAUUUGGAGGAAAGAGAAAUCAAUGAAGAAAAUCAGAAUAAACCAAGCUUUCCUGAUAAUUAUGAUGCAGAAGAGAGAGAAAAGACUUACAGGAGGUGGAGUUCAGAAGGCCGCGGUGGAAGAAGAGGGCAUGAUGCUCCCAUGAUUGCAUAUGAUGCUAUUUUAGGAUGUGGUGGUGACUGGACAGAACUUUGCAACCGUGCCAUGUUCCACGGCGGUGAGAGUGCGGCCACUGGAUCCAUUGCUGGCUGCUUGUAUGGAUUACUUUAUGGCCUGAGCAAGGUUCCUAAAGGCUUGUACCAGGAUCUUGAGCAAAGGGAGAGGCUAGAAUACUUGGGAGAGACUCUUUACCGACUAUCCACAGAGGAAAACACCAAAUGUACAAAGUUUUGCGGUGAUAAGGCGCUGAUAGAUCCCAUGGUGCUAAAGAAGAAACUCAAUAGGUUGGCAACAGAACAAGGGGCUUUUGCCGUCCUCAGCAGCCUGCUGCUGUACGUUACAGACCUUGCAGCCUGUGAUCCACAGAUGCGGAGCAAGAGGGCCAAAUGGGCAGAAGGCAAAGAAAAUAAGGUGAGUUGUACCCGUGAACGCCAAGGGACCAACAGCAUUGUGCGCCCCACAAGGUUUCAGCUUUUGCAGUCCAAAUUCAUGAAUAACAAUCGUGAACCAUAUACAAAGAAGAGAAGAGAGGUUGGCAAAUUGGUCAUUAAAGAAAAGCAGUGGGUAACCAGGGGCUGUCUGAAUGCCGCUGUUAAUAAGUUAGACAGAAACAAGGAGAAAAAUGGAAGUGAUCAAACACCAGAAGAGAAUAAAAGCAUGCUGCCCAGUGAGAGGGGCAAGUGGAAUAAUUUGACUGGGAAAAAUACAGUGAAAAAUAUUCUUAAGAAAUUUUUAGCUGCAGAGGAAAAAGCAGCUAAGGAAAACUCUCCCACCUGGAAAAAGAAAGAGCCAAACAGCAAUUUGCCAAAAAUAAUCAGCAAGAAUUCUGUUCUGUCCAAACUGAGGGAAAAAUUUGAAGAAAGCAGUUCUGUGCGUUCAGCCCCAGAGGUGAAACCAUUACUACCGCGCAAAAGUGAAAAAAAGAACCAAAAGGUGCCAAAUCAAAAACAUGUUCAUAAACCAGACAUCAGAGUGCUGCACAGCCUGGCAAUGACAACCAUAGAUAUAAAUAGCCCAGAGUCCCAGUAUUUAGUGUGUUCAACAGUUCCAAUGCCUAAAUUCAGUAUCGUAACUGAAAUUAACCAUCCAGGGAGCUGGUCAACAAAUAACAUAAGUAAGCAGCCUUUUGAUCAUGGCAUUCAAAUGAGAAAAACAAGUGCCAUUGGGCACAGAGAUUGUAUUAAGUCGGGUAAGAAAGAAAAGCCAGAAAACCAAGCACAAGGUGCAGAAUAUAAAGAACAGUUACCAACUACACAAGGUGGAAUGCCCAAGGUCAUGACUAAUGCAGAGGGCAUUGUUGAGACAAAAAUAGAUUCCACAAACCAAGGACCUGACUGUCUCCCUAAUUUUACUUUCUGUAAAAAUGAAGGACUCGGAGACAACAUUCCUUCCUUAUCUGAACAUAGUCCAAACCACCCCUUACGUGGAUUGGAUGUGUCCUCAGUGUUAAGGGACAAUAAUGUCACUCAAAGUAUUAGUGGAAAAAGUCCACCUACUGACUUGCCUUAUUCUGAUAUAGCUGAAGGAUCUGAUGUGUGCAGUCCCCCAAACAUUAACAGGGGUGAAAUUCCUGAAAUAGCAAUGUAUGCAUGCAGUCCAGAGGAACCAGAAAUAGAGUCGGUACAGCCAAAAAAAGAUCCUGUCUUUGUGAGCCAGAAAUGUUUCCCAGAGCAGAAAGUAUCAGAAAACAUUCCACCAUUUCACUCCCCAGUAGUUCAGGCAUCUUGUAAUGUAAAGUCUCCAACUGCUGAUCUGCAGCUAACUUUUAAAAUGCCAGUUGCUGAUAAAAAGGCACCGGUAAAGUCGAGCAAAAAAAAUGUCCCAGGCUUUAAAGAUAAACUUUCUGAAGUAGGUGAAAAGGGAGAGAAAUCUCACAAGCAUGAAAUAUUUGCAAGUUGUAACAAAAAUGAUUGCAAAGUUCCCACUGCACAAAAUGAGGAGUCUCUGAUAAAUCAAAACAAUUUAUCUGAAGGUCAAAUGCAAAAGAAACAAAUAACCCAAGAAUCAGAACCAUGUGAAACGCUCAAUGUGCAAAUUAAUCUUAAUAACAUUAGUUCUAAUGCAUCAAAUCCAACUGUGAAUAAGAAAAAAUGCGUGCCCUCAUCAAAUGAUAACCAGGAGCAGACAAGUGAUAUUGUAGCAGUAAAGCAAAUUUCCUGUGAUUCUGAAAGUGAUUUUGUGAAGCGCCGUUGUUAUAUUGUAGAAGAGAACUUUGGGAAAGACCCAUUACCUUCAUCAAAUGAUGUGACAAAUGAUGAAAACCAUACUGCCCUGCCAAGAAGUACCUUGAAUGACCUGGAAACUUGUCACAAGCCAUCUUAUUAUUUCAUCAAACAUGAAGAAGCCACUGCAGAGGAGAGCCCCUGGCCUAAUUCUGAGACACGUCAAUUGUUUUCAUCAAAUCGUUUAACAAAACAAGAAAGCAACGCUGCAGAACAAAGAAUCUGGCAUGCUCUUCAUAGACCUUUGAUCCCUUCAUCAAAUGAUUUGGUAAAAGAUGAAACUUGUAGCAUAGAAGAUAAGAAGCCCUGUCAUUGCUUGCCUUCGCCAAAUGAACUAGGGAAGCAUGAAAAUGAUACAAUGGUAGAAAAAGAUCCCACAGUUAGACAUGAAAGUGGAAGUGAAAGAGAGAGAGAGAAAUUAUGUAAAAGAGAUAAGUACCAAACACCAUUAUCCAGUGAUGGUGCAAAGCCAAAAAAGAAUAUUACUGGAGCUGAGAAAAAUCUGUUUUGUGAAAAACCAUCAAGUGGUUUUAUGGAGCUAGACAAUAAUACUUUAAAAAAGAAAAAAUUUUGUGAUUUUGAGACACCCGAGUCAUGCCCAGAGCUUGAUACUAAGGCUCCAGGAGUAAAACAAACCUUGUGUAAUAUGAAGUACCCAAAGCCAACAAGAGAGUUAAAGAAACCUAAAUAUGAUAUGACAGAAGAUGAAAACACCUGUUCUACUACGAAAUGCCAACAGUCCUCAGCCAAUGAACCAACAAAAUCUGAAGAUAAUACUGCAGGAGCAAGAAAUAUCCAGUGUAACCUUAAGAAAUAUCCAAUGCUAACCAAAAAAACAGUGAAGAAUGAAAAUAAGACUAAGGAGAAGAAUGUCCAUCCUCAUCUUCAGAACUACCAGUUAUCCUCAACAAAGGAUCCAGUGCAGCGCGACAAAAAUACUGCAGCAAAGAGGGAUGCUUUGUGUGAUCCUAAGAAAAAUCAAAAACCAUCAUCAAAGGAGGAGAAUAACAACGUAACAGAAAAGCAGAAAGAAGUAUCUUCCGACAACGUGAAGCAUAAAAUACAUGCUGUGAAAGAGAAAAAUAAACAGGAUAACCCUGAGAAAUACCAGUUACCUCCUAAGAAUACCUCAGUACAGAAGAAGCAACAGAUACCAACACCAGAUGAUUUUAUGAUGAACGAAGCCAAUAUUGCACCAGAAAAGAAUCAACAUAACUCUGAGAAGUACCAGUUGCUCUCAUUAAAUAAACGGGGGAAGCAUGAAAAAAAAGCUGCGGUAGAGAAGAAGCAAGAAAUACCUGCAUCAGAAGAUGUUAUGAAGCCUGCAGCGAGCAAUGUAAAAGAGAAAAAGAAGCAUCAGUAUUUCAACAAGUGCCAGUUACACUCAUCAAACAAGUUGCUGAAGCAAGAAAAAAAUACAGUAAUAGAGAAGCAGCCGCAAUCGCCCUCAUCAGAUGGAAUCACAAAGCAUAAAACGAGCACUCCGAAAAAAAAGAACUUGCACCACAAAGAAGAGAAAUACCAGUCACUCUCAAGAAAUAUAUUGGACAAUCAUGAAAAUAUUAGUUCACGAAAGAAAAAUACUGUAGGGGAUUUUGAGAAGUAUCAACCUUCAUGCUUUGAGAGCAUGAAACGUAAAAGUGACACCGUAUUAGAGGAGCCCACUUUGCGUAAUACAGACAAGCACCAGAAGUUACCCCUAUCAAAUGAAAUGUCCAAGCAUAACAGAAGCCCAGUAGAACAGAACGAAACCCAACAUGACUUCAAGAAGUACCAAACGCUGUCAACCAAGGGUUUAGUGAAGCAUGAAAAUGAGCCUGAUCAAGGAGAGGCUGGCUGGCAGGGGGCUGGCAAGACAGAUGACAGAAAAGCCAGCCUUGAGGACAGUUCUAGCAUAGCAGCACUAACAAAAUACACAGCUGAAAGCUACAGUGAAGGACUUUCAGAUUCAUCUUUUAAACCAUUGGUUAUUAGAAUAACUGAUACAUUUAAGCAUCACACAUAAGGUAUCUUUACAUCUAAAGAAAGAACCUAAAUUGAUUGAUAUAAAGUUAUCACUUGAUCGUCCUUUUGUUCUUUAUUAAAAUGUUAAACUCACUUUGCAAUUGCAUAAACAUAGAUAUAUAUUUAUCAGGACUGAGUUUCUUUCCUUUCUAAACAAUAGCCCAAAGGUCUGAAUUCAGUACACUGCUGCAGGUAUGUUUGUUUAAUUAUCAAAUUUAUCAUCAGUUUAUUAUUUAAAUUAUGAACAGGGGCUUGAAAAUGAACAUAUUAGUUCAAUCCUGCUCCAGUUUCUCCUAGCUAAAUGAUAGGUUUAGUUUGUAAUCAAGGAGAUUGCUUUGAGGAUAAACUUUUACAUUUACUUCUCCUAAAAGGUAAAUCCUUAGCUUUAGAUGAUGUCAGUCUAAAUUAGGUAAAAAAAAAAAAAAAAAAAUGGUUGUGUUUAUGCUCUAGUUUGAGAGGUAAAUGCAAAUACUGAUCCGUUGCUAAAUUGAAUAAUAUUGUGUACAAAUGAAAUGUGUGGAAAGGAAGCCACUGCUUGUAUUUGCAAGAAAAUCCUAAAGGGGCAUUUUGUUAAAAAAGAAUUUACUAGAGAGGCUACCAUUCAGUCUUAUAAAUAUUAGAAAAAUACUGAUUGAAUUUCCUGUAAGGAUAUUUAGACAUUUUUUAUGUAUAUAGUGUUUUUUUUGUUUGUACAGAUAUGUGAUUUCAUUCAAGUAUGCCACUCCAUAGCCACUACUGUGUCUACAGAGGGUAAUAUUCCAGCCAAAUAUAAGAGCUCAGUAAAGUACCAAUCCUGGCAGCUACCAAGCACUUCCUAUUAGAUUUAAAAAAAAAAAAAAAGAACAGGCUAAUCAAAAUGUUGCAUUAAGGCGCCAGCACUUCGCAGUACUGGAGUUAAAGGGCUUCUAGGUUAUAUCUGGCACACAAACACAAGGCAGGCAUUGCAGCCAAAAAUGAAGUCACUAAUUUGAAAGUCUUAUCUUGUUGGUGCUUUCCUGUCAAGAGGAGCAAGUGUUUACUGUAGUGUGAUAUGAAACUUGAUAAUAAUGAGCAGCCAGUGUCAUUGGUAUGUGCCAGUGGAAUGUGAUUUUUAAUGUUCACAUUAAUGGUGACUUCUGCGUAAUGCCUGCAUGUAACAAACUUUUGUUUGAGAAAGGAGGAUGGUUCUGUUCUGUUUGCUCCCUUCUGCCAAGCUGGGGAACACGAUGUAGCUGCAUCACUUAAUUCUGCAGCUCAUAUAACAAAAUUCUAGGAUCUUAGAUAGAUGUACUGUAUUUCAUGGUGUAUAAGUGAGGUUUGGAAGCCCAAUUUUUUUGUCCUAACAAUCAAACUUGACUUAUACACCAUGCCGCAUCAAAAAAUCAUGGACGGGGCUGGGCUUGACACUCGGCUGGCAUGGCCCCACCCCCUGCAAGUGGCUCUGCCAGCGCCGCUUGCAGAGGAUGAGGCUGUGCCACCUGAGCGCCGACCCCAGCCCUGUCCCCAUCCCGAUCCCCUGCAAGUGGCACCAGGCUCUUGUCUGCUGUAAACGCUGAGCCUGGCACUGCUUGUAGGGGACAGGGCUGUCUCGACACUUGGCUAGUGCAGCCUCUGUGAGUGGCACCAGGCUCAGCAUUCAGUAAUGUCACUCUCAGCAGCUCCAUCCCCUGUGAGCCCAGUGCUGUUCACAGGGGAUGGGUACAAGGCCGGGCUUGGCACUUGGCUGGCGCAGCCUCAUUCCCUGCAAGUGGCAUAGGUGGUGCCACUUGUAAAGAAUGGGGCCGAGCCCAGCCGAGCCCUACCCCAUCCCUUUCCCCGUUCUCUGUGAGCAGCACUGGGCUCAGCACUGCCUGCGAAGGGACGGGGACAGGCAUGGUGCUCAGCUGGUGCAAUCCCAUCCCCUAUGAGGGGGAUGGGGCCAUGCUAGCCAAGUGCCAAGCCUGACCCCAACUUAUACACCAUGUCUAUGAAAAUGUAUAUUUCAGAUUGGGAAGCCAGGGGUCAACCUAACCACCAAUGUUCACCUAUUCACUGUGAAAUAUGGUAAAUGAAAUGACCUCACUGAUCACAUGUGCCAGCUCAUCUUUUCUUUUGUGUGUGGGGGUGCAAUUGUGGAGAGAGGGGCCUUUUCUAAUUAAGAAGGCCUUUCUUUAAAGGGAGCUUCCUAAGGACUUGAUUUAUUAGUUUUCUAUAGCCAUCCAUACACAGAUCCUGGCUCUGUGGCAGCAAAGGUCAGCCUGCUUGAAAAGCCAAUUAAAAACCCAAUCUUUUAAGUGGUAUUAAGCUUUAGAAAAUUGCAGAGCUAAUCAGCAGGGGAAGAGUUUAUAUAAAUGAGCUCUUCUUCACUCACUGCAGCCAAUUCCUUUGAAUUUGUAAGAUGGUCCCUGCAACCAUGCAUCAUAUCUGGGGUUGCUCCAGUCCCAGACUGGCAGAACACCCUGUCUGCCUGCCAACAAGAAAAUGAGAACAUGAGCACACUGGCAGCGUGCUUAGUGCAAAUCCCUUUGCCAGUAUGUAAAGCACACAGCCACAUGUAUGACAACUAGGCUGGACAAGCCCAAGGGGCACCUCUGUGAGGGAGCGGUACCAUGGAACACAAUGUUCCCUGACAACUAAAUAAAUUGAUAUUUAAAAAAUGUUUCCUUGAAAAUGUGGGAUUAAACUUCCCAGCAUCCAGGGGUAAAAUUCAUGCUUGUGCACUUUCAAUCCACAAAAAUAGGGUCUGAGUGAAAUAUAUGGGUUGUAUUAUACUGCCCUUUGCACAGAGGUAGAUUUCAUCUAUACAAAGUUUAUGAGCAAGAAGCCAGGGAACCUAUUUAGCCCUGAACUGAACAUGAUGAUUGCUAUUCACUAUAACAAGACACCUAAUACACAAAUGCAUCUAAUUUGAAUUGUAAAUACACUAUAUGCCUGUUCACUAAUUGGGCUCUUAAUGCAGCAGACAGGGCUGGAGAUUUAAAAACAAUUCCUUUCCUUAAUAAAAACCAAAUCAUCUUUCCCAAGGUUCACACAGCUGGAGAGAGCACCAUCUGUGAUGAAUUAGUGUGUCCCAUUAGUUGCCUGGCAGAUAAUAAAAUGUUACUCAGGCAACAGAAGAGAAUUUUUAUCAAUGCUCAGCAAGAACCCUUUUUGGUUUGUAUCCUCCACGUCUGUUCUUCUUGAUACUGUUAAAGAUCUGUACUAGCAUGCUAGCACCCGUCACUCUUGGUUCAAUUUCAGAGCCACAGUGACUUUUGGGGGAGUGGAUUACACUUCUUUAUAUGCCACAAGUCUAUUAGAAAAGUAAGUUGAAGUCAAUUCUGUCACAAGCACUACAGAAGCUUUCACUGAAAGCAGACUCAAAAGUGAUGUUCUGGUACAGCAAACUGCACAUUUUUGAUUCAGUAAUUAUUAACACAAUGUCAGAACAGAACUUCAGCCCUCAUCUACUCUACAAAGUUUUAUGGGCAGAACUCUGCACUCUCAAAGCCCUUUGAGGGGAGCCCUAUGCUCUGCCUGCAGAUAAGACUUCUGCUACUACACAGCCUCUGGCUGAAGGCCUCUGUAGCCUCUCCUGUGCUUUCAGCUGGCAACCAUUGUCCAUUCACCAGCAGUUGCCCUCCCAGAGUGAACUUUGCACUCUGGUGGCCAUGGGCAACUGGUGCCUCCAGAGUCAGGGGGGGGCACCAGAUUGCCAACAGGGGGCUGCACUUCCGGUUUCGUGGCUGGUGCUGCCAGGGGAUGCACAGCUGAUCUCAGGGGGUGCAUGUGUAGCACCUGUGUGCACCCCCUAUGUGUCACCAAUGCUGGUGGCUCAGCUGCUCUAGUGGGGUAGCCAGAAGCUUGUGGAUACAGAUGUGCUAUGUCUAGGAUGGCCAUCAUAGAGGACAGUCCAGUUGUCCUCUGUCCUCUAUUGAUACAGAACCGGACACCUUUCUCUUGAAGAGAAAAAUAGAGCAUGUAAAGGCAUUGGAUUUCAUAUCAAUAGAGGGCAGAAGACCGAGUAGCAGAAGACUGGAAUGUCGUCUAUGAUGGCCACCCUAGCUAUGCUAGUGGUCAGUAGCAUAAGUAGGUCUGUGUGAUCAGGGCAUGAGCCCCAGGUGCUGACCAAGAGAUGGGGGUGCCAGAGUAGCAUCAGGGUAUUGAGCUGUCUUAGGGGUGGUUAGCUCAAGGCCUUGUGACCAGAGGCAGGACUCCCCAUACAGUGUUACUUCCCCUCCCUCUGCUAUGCAGCCAACUGCUACUGCUGCCAAAUUAAGGCUUUUAAAGCCAUGUUCUACAUGCAGGUCAGCAACAGGUGUGAGAGGGUUAACUAAGGGAGGUGGAGUGAGGUUGCUGUGGGAACUCUGCUUCCAGUUUGUGAAUAAGCAUCUAACAGCCCCUGGGUGAGCCUGUGCCAUGGAGGAAGGACUUUGCCUCAUCUCCAGACUCCUCCUGUUUUUCUGUGCUUAGCACAACUCCACCUUUCUGCACCUGCCACUCUCUGCUUAUUGAUGCCUCUGGCAGUUGUAGCUGAUGGUUACUACAAGAAGUCCUGUUGGCAGUUUAGUGCAGGUGUAGCCAAGGUGCCUUAAAAAAGGGUGUAAGGUGAGAGAGCGCUCAUCAACCUGUGAAAGGAUGUAAGCAACAGGCCCAGUCUCUUUGAGCAUCUCUGUUGCGUAUUUAAUGAUCAAUGUGAUGUGAUGUAGUUCUGCUACAGUAUUAUGUAGUGCUUUUUAUUCUCUUCCAAUUCAUUAUGGCUGAGAUUUGCAGAGAGUCAGAGGGAAUUAGGUACCCAAGCCCUACUGACUUCAGUGGUAUUUGUGUGCUUUAUGCCCCUACAUUUCUUUGGAAAUCCCAGCUUAGAUUUCAAUAGAGACAAAAUGUCAAAACCAGAGCAAGUUUAUUGCAAACAAACAAACAAAAAUGAGUGCAAAGGGCUCUUCUUCCCCCCUCCCCCAAUCUGUUAUUUCUGGAAUUAUUCCUAAAAUACCAAUUAUUUGGUAUUUCAGAUGCUGAUGACAUCUUCCUCAUUUGUGUAUACAGGUAAUUUCAGUGGGAGUGGACAAAGUUGUUGAUUUUCUUUCAUGCCCCCAUGCAUUUUUUCUGAAACCUCAACGUUUAGUUUUUCAUGGAAUUUUAUGGGCCUCAGAAAUGGCGAUAUUGAGGAGGUGUAUGGCUCAAGUGAAAUUUGGGACACUUGAAGUAAUAGAUUUAGUUGAAAGUGUUGGCAAGUGUCUGGUUGUUAGGAGCAUUGGGAUGAUAAGCAGCAGAUGAGCCAAACUGGUAUCCGCCAGCAUCUCCUUACAUGUUAACAAUGAAGUCCUGAUUCUUAUGACAGGUGUACCCAGAGUGCAAUAAAAUCAACCUGUAAUGCCAGCAAUUAACAGCAAAGUACAAGUAGCGUAAGUGACUUAGUAAAUUAGCUUCACUGUAGCAAAAGCACAGGAAUCUAGUAAUAGGAGACUCGAAAGGUUUGAUUUUGGGGGGGCACUGAUUUCAAGACCAGAGCAGAUUCCACCAAGCUACACAGCCAGGUGUCCCAGGAGAGUCACCUCUAACUAUUUGACCCCAUGCCAACCAUCACUUAUAACCCCAUUUGUCCUCAAUUUCAGGCUCUGACACUUAUUUCAGAAAAUAACUCUCCUUUUGCAAGAUAGCCAUCGAAGAUGGGUUUUGUCACUUAGAAUGUUAGCUUUAUAAUGCAGAGAGUGCUAUUUUGGAAGGUUUUUAGAGUGUAAAUGUUCCUAAAGCACUAUUCCUGAAUAUUCAUCAACUGCAUCAGCUGCAGUUGAUGUUGGCUAGGACCAGUGACUUGCUACCUUCAUUCAACAUUAUUGGAGGUAGGGUUUACCAUAGAUUCAUAGAUGUUAGGGUCUGAAGGGACCUCAAUAGAUCAUCGAGUCCAACCCCCUGCAUAGGCAGG